AAGGCAUCUUUGCAGUUGGCUUGUAAGAAUUUGUGCAUAGACGCGGGAAGUUAUGAAGUUUUCACCUUUUGGUUUCUUUGAAGCUGAGAAUUUGUAUCUCCUCAGUAAAAAGGGUUUUUUGCCUUAUUAAUUUUUGGAAUGUCCCAAUAUUUCCCCGUUUUCCCUUUGCUCUGAAAACCCCUUGUUUGUUUUAGCAGAAAGAUGGGGGAAGAUUGCGGGGAUUGCAGUAAAUGGGAACAAGACAUGUACUGAACCCAUUUCCAGUCCAUUAUGUUCCUUCAAAUUCUCCUACAAGGUUUUGAUCAGCAACUCGAUAUUCCAGUAAAAUUUGCCAGAAACAUGAAAAAGAAAUUACCCAAAAAUGUAACCGUAAUAGGUCCGAGUGGUGCCAAGUGGAAUGUAGGAUUGGUCGCAAGCGGAGACACCUUGCUUUUCAAACAUGGUUGGAAAGAAUUUGUCGAGGAUCAUUCUCUCAAAGAAGAUGAUGUCUUGAUCUUUAAGUACAAUGGGGACUCACGGUUUGAUGUUUUAAUAUUUAAUGGGUGGAGCUUCUGUGAGAGAGAAUCUUCAUAUUUUGUUAGAAAAUGUAAACAUACAGAACUAGAUCCUGGAUUCCAAACAAAGAGAAACAUGGGGGAGAGUGAGAGUUCUGUUGAAGUUGGACAUGACUCCUUGGAUUGUGGUGUAGGAUGUUCUCCAACAAAAAAACCAAGAAAUAAUGAGAAUCUGCAGUCAGCGCGUUUGGGACGGCGCACCCAAGCUAGGACUAGGGAUGGAGCGAGCGAUGUAAUGACUCAUCAUGGCAAGCGUGUGGUGGCGAAAAAGGUUAAUUCGGUUGCGAAAGACGGAUCUGUUGCGGGCUAUUCUCUACAAUAUGUAUCCAAUAGAAGACCUGUAACAGAAGAGGAGAAAGAGAAUGCGCUAAAAAUGGCAUUUGCAGCAUCAACCCCUGAUAGUUUCAUAGUAGUGAUGCGAGCCACACAUGUGUACAGGAAGUUCUUCAUGUCUAUUCCUUCUGAAUGGGUCCUUUCCUAUUUGCUUCAUAAGAACCAAGAUGUGAUCCUUCGUGUUAAAGAGAAAGAGAACACAUGGCAUGCCAACUAUUAUGGUACAGUUGGUAAUUCUGGGGGACUGGUUGGUGGUUGGAAGGAUUUCGCUGUUGAAAACAAUUUGGAAGAAUCUGAUGUGUGUCUGUUUGAGCUCGCUAGUGGAACUCACGACGGAAUUGUCAUGGAUGUUAGUAUUUUCCGAGUUGUUGCAGAGGUAAGUGUACUGACCCUGGUUUCCCGUUCCCCUUCAAAGCGUGGAAGACCUACAAAGCGUGGAAGACGCCGAAAAAGUCCGAGGAGCUGAAAUUAGAGCACUGGUGUAUCAGUUCUUAUGUUCUUGUUUAUGUUUAUGGUAUGGAGGAAAAGUAUGGUGUACUUUUGGAAGUUUUUGGUGGGCAAUUUUGAUGUACACACAUGUUGCCUUUUUGGAUGUGAAAGUACAAUUAAACAAGUGUUCCAGGUUUAGUAAGCUAUAUUUACUACUGUGUCUUCUGUUAGAUA